AUGGCGGAUUUGGUGUUGAGUUCCUCUGCACAGUCCUCUCUCCUUCACGUCAGACCCAAGAUCCAUCUACUCAAGACUCCUACUGCUUCACCGAUCCGACGUAUCGCUUUCCUUAAUUCCAACGGUUUUCAUCCUCUGGCGUUCGCAUCCGGUCACCGACGACUUCCUCUCAGUGCGGUCGUUGUUCCCUCCGAUUCGACCAAGACGAUCACCACUAUUACUGCAAACUGCGUCGAUUCGGAAGUCAAAGCUGUUGAAGUUGAGCCUGCGAUCGACGGCGGAGGUGGCGAUGGAAUUGGAGGUGAUAAAUUUGGCGGCGGUGGAGGCGAUGGAGAUGACGGUGAGGAGGAGAGUGAUGGGAAUAGGAACACGCCUUUGUCUAUGUCGCAGAAGUUGACUCUUGGUUACGCUUUUCUCGUUGGAGUUGGUGGACUGAUGGGUUAUCUGAAGAGCGGUAGCCAGAAAUCGCUGUUUGCGGGUGGACUGUCAGCUGCUGUUCUGCUGUAUGUGUUCCGCGAGCUCCCAACAAAACCUGUUCUUGCAUCAACCAUUGGAGUAGUGAUGGCGGGUGCAUUAACGUGGGUGAUGGGGAGCCGGUACAUGGGUUCGAAGAAGAUAUUUCCGGCUGGGGUUGUGUCAUUGAUGUCUUUCAUUAUGACGGGAGGAUACAUACACGGCAUCAUGCGUAGCCUUCACUAA